AUGCUCACAUUCCUACGCAGCCUACUUCCCACCGCGCCCGAUGAAGACUACGACAGCACACGCAUAACAUCCGACCUCGAACAAGGCCCCGACCCAGACCCCAUCGCACCCAUAGGCUACGAACUCACUCGAGGCAAACACUCCACCGCAGUCCCCUGGUCCGCGAGCCCCAACGCCGAAGGAAAACGCGGCUACGCAGGAUGGUUCGAAAAAUUCGAGGGUGUCGUCCACAGAGACGGCACAAGCGUCCUCGUCUUCCCCUCCCACUUCAUGUACGAGAACCCCAUUACCGGCGAAGUAGUGAUCUACGAGUGGCUUUUCGAACGAGGUGAUAGAGUGAGAAGUCACCCCCGGAUUGUGCACUGGUUGGGGAGGACGAACACUGGGUUCUCGCUGCAGAGGUUGAGGCCGGGUCCGAUGCAUUUUGAGAAGCAGAGGGGUGAUGGGGAGUUUCUGAGGUUGUACUGGAGUUGGGCGAUGCAGGUACUCAAUGCGAUGUCGUUUCUUCAUGGACGAGGCGUGCGUCUGGGGUCUUUCUCCGAGGAUAUCCUUUGGAUCCGCGAGGACUUCUCGAUUGCGGUGGCGUGUCUGAUUGGCGCUGGGUGCGAGAGGGAGCGUGUAGCGGUCGGUGGAUUCGACGUUCCCAUCACGUCGCCGUGGCAUGAUGAGAGCUUCGAGGCGCCGGAGCCGGGCGUGGAUGUGACGGAUUGGUGGGAUCGACGCAUUUCAGGCCACGUCAAAGCCGAUCUGGUCGAUUGGGCCAACAUCGUCUUCCGAUGGAUGGCUGGGGUCGACGAAGAGAUUCUACGCUUCCACGAGGAUCCUGAUAAGCCCGCUCCGGAAGUCAAGGACUCCGUCUCGAGGCGCUGGUGGGAGGCGUAUCGGUAUCGAGGGGAGCUUGUGGGGUUUCGACGGCUGGAGAAGAGGUUGUUGGGGAAUGUGAUUGUGGGUGUACUGAUGGGGAAGUAUGGGAGUGCUGGGGAGGUUUUGGAGCAGGUGAGGAGGACGAUUGGGGAGGGUGGUGGAGUGGUGUGUGGGGAGAUGGGGGAUGAGGUUAGUGGGGAGGGGAGAAUCGAGGAGGGGUUUGAGGUUGUGCAGGGUGAGGGUGGAGGGAGUCAUGAGCUGAGGCUUCGACGGACAGACCUGCAAGACAACGAUUUGGGAUGA